CCACCAUUAUUGUUAUUGUUAGUCUCGUGCGUCCCUUAUAUAGAACCUGAACCGCCGGACGGAGGAGGAAGACAACUCAGAGACAGACAAGGACGAGCAACCCGCAACCGCGACCAGAGGAGAAGACUCGAUCGAAUCGAAUCGAAGCGGGAGGAUUUCGGGGGUCCGUGACUCCGUUCGGAGAAAAGGAUUCAGCUUGUGGGCAGAAGAAGAAGAAGAAGAUGGCUUCCGCGAAAUCCGGGGAGAGGGGGAGCAGCAGCUUCGCCAUGGCCUGCAGCCUGCUCAGCCGCUACGUCAGGCAGAACGGCGCAGCCGCCGGCGAGCUCGGCCUCGGCAUCAGAGGUGAAGCCGAUGCGAACAAGGGGAAGGAGACCAUGGAGCUGUUCCCCCAGAAUUCCGGGUUCGGCUCUGAAGCUGCUGCCGUGAAGGAGACCCCGGAUGCGAGGGAGCAAGAGAAGCGCCAAUUAACCAUCUUCUACGGUGGGAAGGUCCUGGUGUUUGAUGACUUCCCAGCUGAGAAGGCCAAGGACCUGAUGCAGAUGGCCAGCAAGAGUUCCUCCACAGCGCAGAACUGUGUCCUUCUUCCAUCUUCCGCUACUGCAACCGUUGCCGACAACACUAAGGUGUCUGCUGUACCAGCCCCAGCAAGUGCACUUCCUGUUGCUCAGGCCAAUGCCCCGAAACCUGUUCGUCCAAAUGCUGCUGAUCUGCCUCAGGCUAGGAAGGCGUCGCUUCACCGGUUCCUCGAGAAAAGAAAGGAUCGCCUUCAGGCUAAAGCACCCUACCAGGGUUCCCCUUCAGAUGCUUCUCCGGUCAAGAAGGAGCUGCAGGAGAGUCAGCCAUGGCUUGGGUUAGGACCUCAGGUUGCCGCUCCCGACCUGAGCUUGCGGCAGGAAUCGAGCCAAUGAAUCAAUGCUCAAUUCUGAGAUGCCCCUCUCAUCAGAUGAUUCAGUCAUAGAGGUUAUCACAACUCUUGAAUUGGGUGUUUUGUGUUAGGAGAUGAUCCGAUGACAAGGCGAUGUUCUUCUGAUAUAUAUACUAGGAUUGAAUGUAAAGAAAGUAGCUGAUGAUUAUGACCAGUAAUCUGAAUCAAAUUGCUAUGAUAGAAAGCAGAAGAUUCUGUAAUCAGUACAACCCAAGAAACCUCAUUUGUACCAAUUCAAUAUCGUUUUGCUUUGGCAUUGCCAUGUAGAAGCAAAGCAAAUGUACUGCUAAUAUAUACACAUCACAAGAUUGAUUGUUAUUCACUUA